GUGAGAGAGCAUAGUGGAGAAAAAAGAAGUGUGUGUGGGAGAGUGAGAGCGGGACAUACUCCUACUUUGUUCAUAAAUGUUUCGAUUUUCUCUGUAACCCCAUUUAAGAAUUUUUUCCAUUCUGAAUUCACGAACACGCGCACUAACCAUUAACAAAGUGAUACUACUUCUACUAAUAGUAGUAUUGUAUUGUGAUUAGUUCCGACUUGUUGCUUUGCUUUGUCACCACCAAAUGAGUGCUCAGCAAAAAGAAACGGAAAAUCAUCACACGCUUUCGUCCAAUCCAACGGUGGAUGAUACAAUGGGGGUAACCGGUGAAACCUCGCAUGUAAACAAUGAGUGGAAGCGAGACAAAAUUCAGUUGGAAAUACCGACCACAACAUCGGAAGACUGUUGUCGGGAUUUUGUUGGAAUAAGGAUGCCGCUCACGCCAAGUCCAACUCCUAGUCAGAAGAAAGUGAAUUUUCUUGUGACUUCUCGCUCUGUCGAUGCUCCUAGACCUUCUUCUUCUUCGGCUUCCAGAGGCAAAUCAUCCAUGAGAAACAUCUUGCCCAGGUUUGGCUUCAAGAAUCGUCAAUCGCUUGAUGUUGAAAAGGCUGUUACCGCAGCUUCAGAAGCUUCUUUUUCCGGCCAUCAAGAAAAGUCCUCCAUCGCUAGAUCAGUGUCUCUCACCAAGAUAUUCACUCCUAAGAUUAAUAGAACGUCUUCGUUACCGGUAGAAGAAAUUGGGCGUGCAAACGUAGAAUCUGCUCUGGUUGGAACUCUUGGUGCUUCUCCAUACCAGGAAAGAGAGACGCAGGGGAUGAUAGCUCGUUCUCGUUCAGUGCCUGUCAAUGGCAAAGAAAAAGGCGUAAGGAGAAUGGAUUCAGUUUUCCGCAUCAUUCCUUCCACUCCUCGCGUACACGAAGUGAAUGAAUCAACAAAAGAUUCUGACAAUGGUGGUGGUGAAGAUAUUGGUCAAGAGGAAGCGGUGUGCAGAAUUUGUCUGGUUGAUCUAUGUGAAGGAGGUGAGACAUUAAAGAUGGAAUGCAGCUGCAAAGGUGAACUGGCUCUGGCUCACCAAGAAUGUGCUGUUAAAUGGUUUAGUAUCAAGGGUAACAAGACCUGUGAUGUGUGCAAGGAGGAAGUUCGGAACCUCCCUGUCACUCUCUUACGGAUCCGAAGUGUUCAAACCCAGAACACUGGAGCAAGGUCCGAACAGGGAGAUGAUUACAGGGUUUGGCAGGAACUCCCGGUGCUUGUUAUUGUCAGCAUGCUUGCCUAUUUCUGUUUCCUUGAGCAGCUGCUGGUUGGAAAAAUGGGAACCAGGGCAAUUUUUGUCUCUCUUCCAUUUUCAUGCGUAUUAGGCCUACUCUCCUCCGUGACAUCAACGACCAUGGUGAAGAGCAAGUUCAUCUGGUUAUAUGCAUCUGUCCAAUUUCUUUCGGUGGUCCUAUUCGCCCAUAUAUUUUACCCCUUGGUUGGUAAGCAUGCGGUUUUGUCGAUCCUUCUUGCUACAUUUGCGGGGUUUGGUGUUGUGAUGAGUGGAAGUUCAAUUGUUUUGGAGAUUUCUCGAUGGAGAAGAAGAUGGCUAACUUUAUCACAGCAGCAACGUGGUUCUUCGUCGAUGAUACAAGAAGGGCUAUGAAAUGGUAUUGUCAAGUAAGGGAAUUGGAAAAAACUGAUUUUCAAUUAAGCCCUCACAGGAUUUUACUUCAGUGUACAUGUGCACCAGACUUCAAUGUACAGCUUAUAUAUUGUCGUAAUAGAGAAUAACUUAGGACUAGUGUUUUCCCUUGCA